AUGACUCAGAAGCUUCCCCCACUUCCCACCGAAGUAUGGCUUCAGAUUGCUUCUUACAUCCCAGAACGCGAGAUGCCCAGUCUGUACCCUCUAAGCCGUGCUUUCUACGAGCUCGGGAUGGACGCCAUCUACCAAGAACUGCGGAUUCGUGCGUUCACCAAAGGGAUGGUCUCCCGGAUACAAAACGCCAGCAAGAAACCAUUCAUAUCGCGCCGUGUCCUGGCUUUGGACAUCCACCUGGACGCUUUCGACGCUCUGGUGGCCUCCAGAGCGCAGUCGUCUCUCGGGCUCUUCGCAUCGCUGUUCUAUCGACCCCAAGGGCCGCACGACGUAACACGCAUGAGCGCCCCCGAAGUAUCCUCAAUCCUCUUAAAUUCGGUAAAGUACAUGACGAGCCUUCGCCGAUGUCGCCUCCGGAUACCCUCCUCUCACCACAUAUACACCUACCUCCCGUUCAUCCGGGCCCUCUGGGAGGGAGUACGCGGUCGUGUUGACGAUCUUGCGUUGGAAGUCCCGGGGAACGUGUUGAAUGUCGCUCUCCCCGUCUCCGUGGACUCCCUGUUACAAGUGCACGCGCUGUCGCUGGUGCUGUGCGAUAAACUUGAUGGGUGGGGGUCCUCAUAUGCGUCGCAGCUUAUAGCAAAUUUCUUCAAUCAGGCUGCACCUGGGUUAGAAUCCUUGAGUCUCGUUUCGUCCCCCGCUACGCCUAAACCAUUACUUAUCGGACUACUCGUAGAUCAAUUCCACAACUUGCGGAAAGUCCACCUCGACAUCCAGUUCGACGAUAUCACCGGGUACAACAUCGCGCAGUUCCUCAACGUCCACGGGCAGCACGUCCACACCCUCUCGCUCACCGCUCGCAUCUCCCCCAACUCCGACACUACGCCCCUCGCGACGCUCCGCCUCCCCGCCUUAUCGAAACUCUCAUUGAACUUCGACCUCGAAACCACCCAGUUUAACAGAUUCUGGGCGUCGGGCUUCCUCACGUUCACGAGCCUCACGCAUUUGCGCAUCGAUGCACCUGCACUCGCGCAUGACCGAUUCAGCUUGAUAUGCGAUGCUUUUGGGAGGCGGAUCACUAGUCACCAAGUCCACGACGUACAUUUUAAUCUGCAAGUACUGAACGGGCUAGCUUUCGACCGUUUGGCGAUGAGUUUCGCCGCGCUACGUACGCUGUCUAUCACAGCGAAUUCCCUCUCGGAGCCAAACCAAUCGGAUUCCUGGGAUAUUGCUAGCUUCGCCCAAGACAUGAAAGACCGCACUUACCAAGCAUGGUCCCUCCACGACAUCACCCUCUCCCACCCCGCCCAAGAUCGCCCAGAAGACCCAACCAUUGCGUCCUACGAAGCCAUGCGCGUCGCGGCCCGCUCUAUACCCAGCGUCCGGAGCUUCUGUGGCUGGGGAAAUACGGUCGAACCAUGCGAGAUCAGGCUCGAGCGGAACGCUGGGAACUUGUAG